ACUUUAAGGCAUUUAAAAUUGUGGAAAAUCAUCCGUUAUACAGUUUGAGAGAGAGAGAGAGAGAGAGAGAGAGAGAGAGAGAGAGCAGAAAAACAGAGGCAGAGAGAGACAGGGGGAGGAAGGUGAGGGUGUGAGAAUGGCGUCUUUGAGUAUCUUAUCACAAUUGCCGCCCAAGAACUUAUACUUAUCUUCUAAUACUAUUAAUAGCACUUGCUUUUGUUUUAAUAAUAAUAGUAAUUAUGACUUUAAUUUUAAUAAUAACAGCAAUAUUCACAAUUACAAGCUACAAGCUUUGUCUUGUUCUUAUCACCAUUCCUCUUCUCUGUCAAGACAAGCUCUAUCCAAAUCUCACUACCCAUCUUCUAAGUGCUCUCAUAUGCCUACCCAUUUCUCCAAAUCAGGCAGUGAGUAUUCAUGGAUGCUAGACGAUUCCAAGCACCAAUUAUCCACUUCAACCAACAAAUGGACGCAUGGACGAUUGCAUUCAGUUUUUCCCUCAUCACCUGCACAAGUUUCAUCUGUAGAAGAUCUUUAUGAAUUUAUCUGCUCCGGUCCUCUCAUAAGCAAGUUGGGCUUGACCUCAGAAAAGAUUGCUGACUCUAUUGAUAAAUGGAUCUCAUAUGGCUUGCACUUGUGCCGAUUGUUUCAGCUCAAUGAAUUGUAUCUUACAGUUCCUCAAAAAGCAAGGAUUUAUCACUAUUAUAUACCAGUUUUUAUAUGGUGUGAAGAUAAGAUAUCCAAAUAUGUUUCCCAGUUUAAAGAUGGAGAAGAUAUACCUCCUUUAGUGAUUGGUUUUAGUGCACCUCAAGGUUGUGGAAAGACCACACUUGUCUUUGCUCUUGAUUAUCUCUUCAGAGUCACUGGCAGGAAGUCUGCAACCUUAUCAAUAGAUGACUUUUAUUUGACAGCAGAGGGCCAGGCUAAACUGAGAGGAGAAAAUUCAGGAAAUGAGCUUUUAGAGUUCCGUGGAAAUGCUGGGAGUCAUGAUCUUUCAUUCUCUAUUGAAACUCUAACAGCUUUAAGCAAAUUGACAAAAGAAGGUAUAAAGAUGAAGCUACCUCGGUAUGAUAAAUCUGCAUAUAGUGGGAGGGGUGACAGAGCUGAUCCUUCAAAAUGGCCAGAGGUUGAAGGACCAUUAACAGUGAUCCUGUUUGAAGGCUGGAUGCUUGGUUUUAAACCCCUUCCCAUGCAAGUUGUCAAAGCUGUUGAUCCGCAGCUAGAGACGGUGAAUAAAAAUCUUGAAGCUUAUUAUGAUGCAUGGGACAAGUUUAUAAAGGCAUGGGUAGUCAUCAAGAUUCAGGACCCCAGUUGUGUUUACCAGUGGCGUUUGCAGGCUGAGAUUGCCAUGAGGGAGGCAGGACUACCUGGAAUGACUGAUGAGGAGGUUAAAGAUUUUGUUUCCCGUUACUUGCCAGCAUACAAGGCUUACCUUCCCACACUAUAUGCUGAAGGACCAAGUGGAUCAGAUCCAGAGAACGUCCUCCUUGUAGAAAUUGAUGAAGCGAGAAAUCCCAUUCUAGCUACUUAGGUGAUGACAAUUUCAGAUUGAAGAAGGUUCAAUUUUGGUUUCUCUAGAAUGAUGUAAUUUAUAUGGAGGGUUUUUGUAUAAACCAUUAGUACGUGGAAACUGUCAAUUGUAAAUUUACCAUGUAACAUAUUUCAAAUAAGUAGAAAAUCUCCAGAGGCGUUGGUUCUUUCGAGCAAA